GAAUUGAACUUUCUGCGUUACAGAGAAUGCGAUGCCAUUAGAAGAGAGGCCCUUCAAAUUACAUUAGAGAGAUACCUUACUUCAAAGAAUUCUGACCUUGCAAAACAUCUUAAAAACAACGAACACCUUCUAAAAUCAAAGUUAUCGCCGUUUGAGAAGAUUGCCCUUUAUCCAAGUAAUGGAUCCCUCGUCUCUUUAAUGAAUUUAGACCUUUCAAUUCUUUACAAACUCCUGAGAAACACGACAAAUAUGCAGGCACCAAAGAAGAAAUGGAAUAAUGUACCUUCUUUGGAAAGUAACGAGGAAGGAGACCACGUUGAACGGAUACAUCAAUACCGAAAUUUUAUAUCUCACAACCAAAGUAUAAAAAAACUCUCUGACGAAGAUUUUGAGGAACGGUGGUUCGAUUUAACUCUGGCAAUAGAUAGACUAAGUCAAGGAACAUUGAGAAAACGCUUAUGCCAGUUAAGAAACAAAAAAUUUGAACAAAGGAAAGUGCCAAAGGUUUACGGAAAACAAAUUAGCAAAGAUCAACAAAUAGAAAUCAUAUCGAAAUGGCAGUUGCAGGACAACUUAUUUUGCGGGGAUAUUCGAUCUGUUGAAAAAGCUUUUAAGUUGAUAAAAGAAGAAAGCAUGGUUUUGAUAAUUGGUGGAAAUGGAUCUGGAAAGACUGCUACAGCAAGACAUUGUGCGCUAAAACUUGCAAAGGAAGGACGGAAGGUUGUGCCAAUCGAGGAUGUAAGAGAAAUUAAUUCCAUAGGUAAUAAUGAAAACUGUGUUUUUGUACUCGAUGAUCCUGUAGGCAUUUUGGGUCUCGAUGAAAGAAAAAUUGAAGAUUUAGAGCACAAUCGCACUGAUGUACUACAAGCAUUUUACUAUGGCCUCCAUAAGCUCAUAGUAACUUGUCGAAAAAUAAUAUACAAUGAAGCAAAACAUUAUCAUGUUUUUGACAGUUACAGUGUUGUGGACAUUGACGAUGAAGACCUUGCUUUAAACAAAGAAGAAAAAGAAAAACUUAUAAAAACAUACGAAAUCGAACAGUUUAUUGAAUCAUCUUCAUUAGAAGAAAAAACUUUCAUGUUUCCAUUAAUGUGCUACAUGUUGUUCAGAAAGAAAAUGGAUGCUUCUGAUAAUGAAACACCUAAAAAAAUUUCAAAUCUUCGCGAAUUUCUUUUAAUGCAGUUAGAUAUCAUGGCUAGAUCAGAGAAGACGAAAGUGCAAUAUGCAUCCUUAGUACUUCUCAUGAUUGCGAAAAACAAUUUAACGGACGUAAUCUUAAACAACUAUGAACUUUUAAGAGCUAUCUUUGAUAAAUGUAAGAUUUGCGAAAAAAUUCCAAAUAGAACAGAGAUACUACAAAACCUUGAAUAUUUAGAAAAUACCUAUGUAGUUCAGAGAAAAUUGGGAUUCACAUUUCUUCAUCAUUCAUUUUUUGAAAUCGUUGCCUUUCAUUUCGGCGCAAGAAAAGACAAUCAAAAUUUGAUCCUUCAACACUUAGACGUAGAAUAUAUCGCAAACAAUACCUUUAUAGAUAACGAUGAAAACUGUGCUGACGAUCUGAAAGUUAAAAUUCACCCUGAAAAUUAUAAGGAAUUUUGCCGCACGUUAUGCCGCUUUCUUCGGGAAAUUAUUUAUUCAAAACAGAGCUGUACUUCUGCUUAUCUUAUUUUCAGUCAUAAUUGUUGGAGUAAUGAAAGCUUCCACAAAGUCAUGUUUGAAGAGACUGGUCAGAAGAAUGUCAUAGAUUUGUUUUCAAAAUCGUAUAAAGUGUCGAUAGCAAAAGCUAAAGCAAUCGAUCAGAAAAGAGUCAGUUCAGGUCCUCAAAAACAAGAUGCUUUAGAAGAUCAGAAGUACGGACCUUUCGAAGUAUCAGAAGAUGGUAAAAUCAAACUUAUUGAUUGGAUUGUGUGUAAAGGGCAUUUGCCGUUUCUCCAAUUGAUCAUAUCUAAAUCAUCAAAUUGGUUUGAUCGUUUUGAUUUUUGGGGAGUUAGAAACCCAGUAAUAAACCCAGAACGUCUUUUCUGGCUUUCUAUCUACAGCAAGGAUAAAAACAUGUUCUUGUAUGCACUUUCUCGAAUGAAUGAGAUACAUUUUGAGAAGUGUAUCAAUACAACCUCUGCCUCUUUGCAAAAGCCGCUAGCUCUUGCCUGCUCAUUAAGUGCCUUUGAAAUUGCAAAACUCCUCUUAGAGGAAGGCGCCAGUAUUAAUGAGCGCAAUUCAAAUGGAGAGACCCCUUUAUUCCUUUCUGUGAAAAAUGAUUCAGAGGAAUUUACAAGUCUUCUUUUAAAAAAAGGUCCUCUAAUCAACGAAAAUACUAAAAAUCUUUGUCCAUUCACAGCUGCGAGAAAAACUAAAAACGAGAAAAUUUUAAGAUUACUUAUUGAAAAAUCUGACCCUAAAAGCAGGGCUUAUGAUGGAAAAACACCUUUACAUCUGUCUAUAAAAUGUAGAUUUUAUGAUGUUUCUGAAAACUUAAUAAAUGGUGGUGCUGAAGUUAAUGCAUUAGACAAUAAACGUCAAACACCGCUGCAUAUUGCAUGCAAGAGGAAAAACGGAAGUGAAACCAAAGAAGAUUAUGGGCAAUACGUAAAGAUGGCUUCAACUCUUGUAACCGAGUGCGACACUUCCAUCAAGGAUAUUAUGGAAAGACUUCCGUUACAUAUAGCAUGUAAAAAUGGAAACCUUGAAAUGGUGAGGCUUGUGUAUAGUGCAAAAUACUUAAAUGUUAGCGAUAAAGAUGGCAAAACCCCGAACGAUUAUGCAGAGUGGAGCGCAAAUGACAAAUUGUGGAAAUAUUUACGUAGAAAACAAGUUUUAAGAUAGUUAUUUUCUUUACAUGAAGCUAUUUUUAAAAAGUACUGUGUAACAUAUGCUUAUAUUAAAAAUGCCAAAAAUAAUAAAGGUACAUUUAAAAUUGA